AUCCUUUCGACAUGUUCCGCCACUCUCGGUUCAGCGCACUCACAGCUCGUCCGCACUCCUUGCUCUCUAACGUCGACGUUAUCUCUCCCCUUCGCUUAAAUGUGUCGCUUUGUGAUCUAUAAGGGAACAUCCCCGGUGCAGCUGUCGCACCUGCUCACUCGCCCCUGCCAUUCAAUCAUAAACCAGGCCUUUGACUCGCGGUUGAGGUUAGACCAUAGGCGGCCUAUUAAUGGAGACGGGUUCGGAGUUGGGUGGUAUGACUCUGUCUAUGACGAGGAACUUGGUAGCCAGCCGUGCAUCUUCACGUCGGUGACACCUGCGUGGAAUAACGUCAACCUCGUACGGCUAGCGGAGAAGAUUAAGUCGCCUCUGGUGUUCGCCCAUGUCCGCGCAACGACUGCUGGCUCUCUCAGUCUGGACAAUUGCCAUCCAUGGUCAUUUGGGAAGCUCAUGUGGAUGCACAACGGAAGCAUCGCGGAAUUCCCAAAGAUUAAGAGGAGGUUGCAGUCGUUCUUGCCGGAUGAGCUGUUCAACAUGGUGACGGGUAACACUGACUCGCAAUGGGCUUUCGCGCUGUUUCUUUCCAAGCUGCCAGACCCCCACGCCAAAUCGUUCCCACCUGACGUCUUGAGGCGAGCGAUGACGGAAACCAUUGCGCAUAUCAAUGCCAUGACAGAAGCAGAGAACAUUACUGAGCCAAGCCUGAUGAACUUUUGCGUCACCGAUGGCGAGAGCGUCGUGGCCACACGGUACAUUUCUUCGCGCCAUGACGAAGCUGCCUCAUUGUGGUUCUCGUCUGGUACUACAUUCAGCGAAUAUGCUGAAGGUGGCCACUACAAGAUGUCGAAGAUGGACAAGCGGGAGAACAUUAUAAUGGUGGCAAGCGAACCAUUGACUUUUGAGAAAGCGGACUGGAUGGAGAUUAAGACGAACCACAUGGUUGUCAUCACGCCCAAGAUGAAUAUCUUGCAAUUCCCCAUCGUCGACAAGUACUACGUGCCGCCAUCGGAUCCUACGGCGUUGAAUCGCGGCACCGAAUUUGCUGCAUCGAAGGGCUUGCUGAGCCCGCGUCGGGAUAUCUCCAUUAGACCAGCGGAAGUAAAGUUCGCGGCAAACUGCCCUCCUCCUGUUCUUGUCAUCUGAUCAUCCUGCAUUUCAUAUGUGUGACCUUUUUGCUAUCUAUUUGCUUCCACACCUGUAUGCGUAGCUGUUGUAUGUAUGAUUCGUACCAUCCCCCAUAGCACCUCUUCGUAAUCGGAUUUUCUUGUUCUACUU